GAUUUGUAUGUUUUAAUAAUAUUAUUUACUCAAAAUAUUUCUGGAGAACAAGAAAUCUAAAUUAAAAUAAUUAAGGAUAAUAAAGGUAGAUAGAUAUCAUAAAAAUGUAUCUAACAUUGUAUACACGUGCACAUAUCUGCAGAGCCUAGUCUAAAAAAACUUAACACUGUCAUAUUUGGUACAUAAAUAAUAAAGAAUAAAUGUAUCCUAUUCAUUCUUUUGUCUAGUCAUUUGUUGAACCAAUUUUAUGAUUACUACUCAUGAUUUAUAAGCAUUUUUAAACAUAGAGUGGGUUUAGCUCGUACUGGUUUAUAUUUGUAAUGCAUAAUCCACAAAUAAAAAUGUAAAUAAUAUAUAACGUAUGUGUAGUUGAAGGCAUAAUUGUUAUUAUUAUUUUUUAUAAAAUCUAGAGAAAAAGUAAAUCUUAUUUUAUUUUCUAUAAAUCGUAUGCUUGAAAAAAUAGUAAAAAAAAGAAACAUAGUUCAAAGCGUAUCUAACAAAUUGCAAUCUAUUAAAUGAAAGAAGGCAUACUUCUUUUGUUUUUGUAGAAAUUUAAAGUAGUAGUUUAUGAAAUCGACCGGAACAGCAAGCCUGUUCGAACUGUUUACUUCUUAGCAGUAUCUGGUUGAUAAUUGUACACGAUAUUUCAAACUCUUUAGUAUUUAUUUUAUCAAAUUAGAUAUUUGAUUUUAUUUUAAUGAAAAAAUUAGGAGAACUUACGCGUGAGUCCUACCAAAAUUUUACUUGGUACACAUUUUUAGUGUAUUAAAACAUUUCUGAUGUUGACGAAUAAAAUCAUAAUUUGGACGAGAAGUAUGAAAAAAGGAAAUGUUAUAAUAGUUAAUCUUAUUACAAUAACAUUUUAUUGCGUAGCUAAUGUUUCAGAAGCUAGAGAAGAUCUAUUUUACUGGAAAUGUAAAUUAAAGCUGUCUUACACUUGUCCAAACCCUGACGUGAACUUUUACUUAUACACUAGUGGUCGUAUAAAACGGAGAUUUCAAGUAGACAUGAGAAGUAAAAGAUCUUUGCUUUACAGUGGAUGGAACCCAAACAAAAAGAAUGUUAUACUCAUUCAUGGUUUUAAUGGUGCAGAAAAUGAAAAUCAAAUUGCUCUCAUCAGAAAUGCAUACCUCAAGUUAGGAGAUCAUAAUGUAUUUACUGUGGAUUGGAUGCCCCUUACCAAGUAUCCAUGUUAUAUUGGUUCUCUGCGUAACGUACGCUUAGUAAGUCAGUGCGCUGCUCAAUUUUAUUCUCAUCUAACUUAUUCAGGAGCUUCGGCAUUCGACAUACACUGCGUCGGACACAGUUUGGGAGCCCAUAUAUGUGGAAUGAUGAGUAAUCAUUUGACGUUGAAGCAAUACAAAAUAAUAGGGUUAGAUCCAGCUAGACCCCUCAUAGCUAUGCUCGCGUCCGACGAAUACCGUUUAACGAGAGACGAUGCAAAGUUCGUCCAAGUAAUACAUACAAAUGCUGGUUUGUAUGGAGAUACGCCCCAAAACGGAGACGUUGAUUUUUGUGUAAACGGAGGUCGCUUUCAGCCCAUGUGUUCAAACGAGCCAAAUAUUAUCAGAAGGGCCCGAUGUAGUCAUUUGGCAAGCACUUGUUACUACGCAGCGUCGCUUUUCAACAGAGGUCGCAAUUUUCUUGGAAUUCCUUGUACGCAAUUUUGCACAAGACUGUCCCUGCCAGACUUGCCAACAAAACUAUUACUUGUUCCAAUGGGUCUGUUUACUCCUGAAGGUUAUGGAGCGGAAAUUUUAUUCGCCUCAAUAGGAUUAAUGCAAAAUGUAGCUGAUAUUAAUUAUUGGCGAUGUGUAAUGAAACGUUCAAAUCAAUGUCCAGAUUUGGAUAUCAAAUUUUUUUUGUACCAUAGUGACGGAAAACGGAAAAAACUAAUAGACCCGAGAAGUAAAAAUUCACUUCGAUACAGUGGUUGGGAUCCUAACAAAAAAAAUGUCCUUAUUAUACACGGAUUUAAUGGAACAGAAAGCAAAACUCCUAUGACGAUAAUAAGAGAUGCGUUUCUAAGGAGAAAAGACCACAAUGUUUUUCUGAUCGACUGGGAACCGCUGACCUUCUUUCCUUGCUACCUCUCUUCACUGAGCAACACGAGGUUAGUCGCCCAGUGCAGCGCUCAGUUUUACGCUCAUCUCACUUAUUCUGGAGCUUCCGCAUACGAUAUACAAUGCGUCGGACACAGUUUGGGCGCUCACAUAUGCGGCAUGAUGAGCAACCAUUUGACUCACAAACAGCAUAAAAUCAUAGGUCUGGAUCCGGCAAGACCUCUGGUCGACAGGUACGGAACGAACGAGUUCCGUUUAACGAGAGACGACGCCAACAUGGUCCAAGUGAUACACACCAAUGCUGGAUUCCUCGGAGAAGUUCCUCAAGUGGGGCACGUGGAUUUCUGUGUCAACGGUGGUCGUUUACAACCCAGCUGCAUCAAUGAACCAAGAAACAUCCGUAAUAAAUAUUGCUCGCCCUUUACACAAAACGAUCAUUUAGCAGAUCUAAGAUGCCGUGCGAGAUGCAGCCACUUUUUAGGUGCUUGUUUUUUUGCUGCAACCGUUUCAGAAAAAGGCAAACGUCAUAUGGGCGUACCCUGUACAACUAGUUGCCAACCUUUUCCUAAAGGAGUCAUUAAGAAUUCUCUUGUAUCAAUGGGAUUCCAUACUCCAGAAAGUGCUCGUGGAACAUUUUGCAUUCAAAUGAGAAACACAAAAUCAUGUCCAUUUGAUUAAACUUAAACUUAAAGAUUUCUAUAAAAUGAAAAGCUAAUUAUUGAAAUGUUAAAUAUUUAUUUAAAAUGUGAUACUUGAACAAAACGUUGUUUAAUAAAUUAUUUAAAAUAUAA